AAAUAUUGCAGGGAGGUUGGUUGUUCAUACUCGUUGUUCACAGGCUCGAGUUCUGUCUUGGUCUCAAGGGAGAUUUUGAUUUUCUGCUGUAUUUUGUGUAUUUGUAGGAAAAUGACGAUCACAAAUUUCUCACUUGAAUAUGAUGCCAUCAACAGCAACAACACCUUCACAAAUGGAGAUAUCAUCAAUGGAAGAAUAAUAUUGGAGCUUUCUAAGGAAACUAGAAUCAAUUCGCUUGUUUUCACAGCAAAGGGAGAAGCUCGGGUUCGCUGGACUGAACAUCAUGGAAACCAUCAUGCUCAUCAUGCUCAUCAUGCUCAUCAUGUUCAUCAUGCCCAUCAUGCUCAUCAUCAUCAUGCACAACAUCAAACAUACUGGUCUGAGGAGAAAUAUUAUGAUGUAACACAACAUAUCUUAAAAGAGACGAGACAAGAUGGCACUGAAGUCAUUGGUGGAGGAAGACAUGUAUUUCCUUUUUCCUUCCAGAUUCCAGACAGAAAAAUCCCAUCAACUAUCAAAACGCCAGUGGGCAAAAUUGUUCAUAAGAUGAAGGCAGAGCUGAAACAACCAAUGAAGCUGACGAAAAAGGCCAAAGCCCACUUCACAUUCGUGUCCAAAGCAGACAUGGAUAUUCCCGGACUCAUGGAACCUCAGCAUGGUUGCAAGAAUAAGUCUGUCAAAGUGUUUGCCUCUGGGAAUGUUUUAAUGGAUGUUUACACCAAGCGGAUGGGAUACAAGCAAGGUGAGGAUAUCCAAGUGACGGUUGAAAUCAGCAACCGCUCAACUCGUUCAGUAAAGCCCAAAUUUGUGCUGUACGAGAAGAAGAGUCACUUUGCCCAGGGUCGCAGGAAACUUUUCACAAACGACAUCCUUAAGGAGAAGGUGGAGGAUGUCCCCCCCUCCGACAAAGAGACUGUGACCAAGGUGAUCACCAUCCCCAAGGAACUACAGCCCUCCAUCCUGAACUGCUCCAUCAUCAAGGUGGAGUACAGGCUGAAGGUCUACCUUGAUAUAAAAUAUGCUACAGACCCUGAAGUCAAAUUACCCAUUGUCAUCUUGCCUGCCUAUGGGGCUCCUGCUAUGAAUCAAGCACCUCCUCCUGCUAACUAUGGAUUUCAAGCAUUUGGGUAUCCAAACCAAACACCGUGGAACAUGGCACCACAACAACAAGCAGUGCCCCAACAUGUGGGUCCCCCACCCGCCUAUGGGGCAUAUGCGAUGUACCCCUCCUUUCCUGCUUCUGACAAAUAUUCGGAUGCACUGUAAAUACACCAUUGAUUUAGGAUUGCACUCCUAAAACGUGUCACACUCAUGAUGUACAGUUAAAAUAAGGAUCAGAAUUGAUGCAGCAUGGAUAUAGAAGAACAGAAAUAAAUAUAUUGAAAGCGUGGUUCAAAAAAUGGUUUUGAGUUCUAUAACUAAUUUCUCUGUUUAUGACAGCUGUGUGGUGUGUGUUUAUAUGGCUUACUUGUAAAAAUGUAAAUCAUAAAGCUACAAUGUGUCACAGGUGGCUGGUUUUAGCAACCAGGCUUCGUCGGACCACCUCAGCUCCAUGCAUGCUCCGUGUCUUUGCCUAUCUUUGAACUAGCUGGAAGUUGGCGAAGUCACCAAGAUGGUGACCAGAGCUGCUCACUUAGAGAUUCAAUGGCUUUUCAGAAAACUUGAUGUAAUUGUUGUUCAUAUAACAAAUAAAAUACUUACACUACCCAUGCAA